AUGGAAAAAAUAUGCAAAGAUAUGGAAGAUUUGUUGGAGGAAGCCAAACAAACGCAAAAAAAACUUGAAGAAAUAAAAUCAAAGAAAAUUAAUAUUACUGCUCAACUUGAAAAAGAAUAUGAAGAUUAUGUUUGCCAACAAAUUAUUAAAGAAUCUUCUGAAAAAUUAGUUAAAAAUAUAGAAGAUGCCGUCCUUGCUAAACGGAUGCUUUCUCAAAAAUUAAUAUCUCAAAAGCAAGCAAUGGAUACAAUUUUACGUGAAGUUAAUAAUAUUAUGGUUGGUAUAAAUGAAAACAGUAGCAAUUUUUAA